AUGACCAAGAAGGUAGCUAUAAUCGGCGCCGGCCCUUCAGGUCUAGUCACAGCCAAAACCCUUCUACACAAUUUCCCCCAAGGAGCAUUCUCCCCAGUCAUAUUUGACAGCCGACAUGAGAUCGGCGGUCUAUGGCCGGCGGGGUUUCCAGCCUCUGAUACCAAGACUGAUGGCACGCCGGGUACAUUAGAUCCGCGCAUGCGGACGAAUCUUAGUCGUUUUACUGUUGCGUUUUCCGAUCUUGCUUGGGGGUCUGUAUUCCCUGGUGAGGAUUUGCCGUUGUUUCCGAGGGCUAGUCAGGUUGGUAGGUAUCUGGCUUCUUAUGCUGAGCGGUAUAUUCCUCGGGAUGUGUUAAGGUUAGGGCAUAGAGUUGUGCGGACGGAGCGAUCGGUGAGGGAUCAGAAGGGUUUGAAGUGGACUGUUCAAUGGGUGAAGGAAAGUGCACAUGGAGAUCAGACAUCCUUCGAUUCUCCUGAUGGUAAGGUCUUUUCAGAAGACUUUGACCUACUGGUUAUAGCCUCAGGUUACUUUGCCCAGCAGUAUAUCCCAGAUAUACCAGGUCUAGAUCAAUUUCCUGGACGGGUCAUUCACAGUUCGACCCUUCACCGUGAGCGAGACAAUCUCACGGAUGUCACUUCCCAAGGCCAAAUUGUCAUUAUCGGUGGCAGCAUGUCAGGAGUCGAAGCUGCAUCCGCCGUAGCCCUCCACCAGUCCUCAACCGCACUAUCAACUGAGCAGAUACACCCUUCCGCAGCGAAAGUCCACCACAUCCACUCAAGAUCAUUCUGGGCUCUCCCGACCUAUCUCCCCCAAGAGUCCGAAGAAACUGCCUCAUUCCUACCCUUGGACUUGGCAAUGUACGAUCUAGCCCGUCGACCCCCUGGCACGAUCGAAUACGCGCUAGGUCCCGUCUCAGAAGAAAAAGCGAUCCAGACCAACAGCUAUUUCCAGUCUUUGCUUGGGAGCGACUACAAGAGAUAUGGUCAUAUGGGUUUCACACAGGAUAGCGAUAAGAAGGUCCAACCACCGUGGGUUGCUAUAGGAAAUGACUAUGCCGAGUUCGUGCGAGCUGGGACGAUCCAAGCCGCCAUGGGCCGGGUUGUUUCCGUGCAAUCAAACCACGAUACUAAACUCGCUUUGGUCGAGUACAUACUGCCCAACGGGGAUGCAGUGAUGAUAGAUAAUGUGGCAGCUAUUGUCAUGGCUACGGGAUUUAUGCCUUACAAAUCCCUCUCGUUGUUACCAGAAGAUGUAUUGUCUGCUCUGGAAUACUCCACAGAAGAUCCCUUCUCGCCUUUGAUCCUGGAUAAAGGGGGUACUGUCCGCUCUGAAAUUCCAGAUGUAGGUUUUGUUGGGUUUUACCGUGGUCCUUAUUGGGGUGUUAUGGAGAUGCAAGCGAGAUAUCUGGGAAAAUUGUGGUACGGGCAGGAUGAGGCUGUUGUUUGCCAAACGGCUGAUCAGAGGGAAGGACUUCGAAGUCUUAGACGGGCUGAUCCACAUCUUGCUCGUGGUCAAUUUCCUAUGGCGGAUUAUGUGGGAUUAAUGGAGUCUUUUGCUAGAGACCUGGGGAUUGAACGUUCUAUACUAUCGGGUGAUAGCCGGUCUGGACCUGUUGUUCCAGCUCGGUAUCUUUAUGGCACUGACACAACACGGUCCAAUCGAGACGAUGUCCUCGCUGUCCCAAACAAGGAGGCUGUGAGAACGUUGGAUGACUUGCAAGAUAGUCUAAUCUAUCAUCAUGACGCAGCACAAAAGGCUGCCGCAUCAGCAAUCUUUCGUGCUCUGCAUGGGUCAUGGAGAUCCACCAAGCAAUCCUCAGGUUUAAAUGCUUCUGGGAGUGGAGGGUUCACUGGAAAUCUUACAUUCUACCCGAGGUAUCCAACCAGUCCUAUUUACGACAGAGAAUAUCUCUGCGAGGAGAAUACCCCGAUUGAACAAGCAACCCCGCAAGAAAGAAAACGGUUUAUCAUGCGCUUAGCUGAGACAGCGUCUGAUACCGCUACCUCUCGAAUCGAAAUUUGGUCGGUGGACUUGGCAGACAAACUGUCAGCUGGUGUAUUUGUCCAGAAUUUGGAGCUGGAGCCUCUGUGGCGAGAAAGGAGAGGGGAAGAGGCUGUUCCGGGGGAGUAUGUAAUAGCUGCCAAGAGUCUUGGGUCGAGUUCUGGAACUUGGUGUCUGUAUACUUUCUGGUUCAAGGGAGUCUCGAUUUCAUCUUGGCGAUAUGUCGAGUUCGAGAGUGGGGUGUUAGGGAAUGAGGGGGGUGAUAAGUUGACAUCACAGGUUGUGUAUGAGAGAGUGUGUGCAUAA